CCCUCACUAGCUUGCUCGCUUCGUUGGACAGACUACCUACUUUACUUACUUGGCUCACACACACUCUCCUCUGCGCGUGACCGUGUGUGUGUCCGUCUAUUUUGCCCUUGAUUUCUCCCGCGCUGAUGGGCUGGGCGUGGUGGGUCCCUCGUCGGAGCCACCGGGUGGCCCCCACAGCCUACUAAGAUCCCACCUCUCACCAGCACCCUGAUUAACACAGAUGCACACAUGGGGUUGCCGUCGGGCGCUCGUCUUUCUUCUCACGCCUCCGCCCAGCCCACCGAUUUGUCAGGUUUGCCGCCACCCCGGUCGCUGUCACUGAGCGUGUCAAAGGCUUCCUCGCCGAGCUCCUCCUGGUACUCACGGAUGGCGGCGUUGGAGAGAUCUGAGACCACUUUGAGGAAUGCGAACAGACCCACCAGCACCAGGCCGGGCACCAGAUAGGGGAUCUUCUCCCCGCCCACGGAUGACACUAGAGACCGACCCAACACACCGGAAUACACAUACGCCUGACAGAGAGAUGGAUGGGCCGAUGGAUAAGCAAAGGGUCAACACACAGAGCAACUUAGCUUGUUGCCAGGUGUUUGUUGUGCAUAUGGUAUGGUGCGUACCAGUGUGCCAGGAAUGAACCCGAGCAGCGACGCGAGUGCAUAGUCGACGAACUUGACGGAUGUGAGGGAAUACAGAUAAUUCGAUAUGGCGAAGGGCUGAGGACACACCACAGACAGACACAUUGGCUGGCAUCCAUGUGUGGCAUUCGUGUGUAAGUGUCAUCAUGAGCCCAGCUCACGAGGAAGGGCGAGAGCCUCAGCAGGAAUAUCAUCUUGAAGCCUUCCUUUUCGACCACCUAACACACCAGAGGCACCGACAUUCAGCGAUCUCCUGUGUCCGGAUCCCUCCAUCCACUCACUCACGCACUUUGUCAACCGCCCUGAACUUCGGGUUCUCUGCAAAGAACUCCUUGACGCGAGGACGCAGCAGUGUCCUAAUCCAACACACACACACACACACACAGGGAAGGAGAGUCUAUGGUCUGAAGCUGUACGUGUGAGGCUGACCUGCCGAGUAGGAAAGACACCGACGCGGCCAUCGUGGCGGCGAUGCACACGGUGAUGGUGCCCGGCACGAUACCAAACAGAUACCCAGCACUCGCCGUCAGAGGAAUGGCUGCACACACACACAAAAGUACAUUGCGUUUCCGCUGCAUGUCUGUCUGUUCAUCCGUCGUGUCGUGCGCCACGCACCGGGCACAGCGAAAAUCUCCGCUACUGUGUACAACAGUACGAAAUACACAUACCUGAAACACACACAAACAACACACACGAAAGAAUACCACCGUCACGCCCCGCCUACUGCAUGCCUCCCCCACCAGCCCCACCGGCCCCGCCCCGCUCACCCCAGCGGCCCCUGUUCCUCGAUUCGCCUGACGGCCUCGUUGAGGAACUUGGUGGCCACGAUGCCCUCUUUGUCAAUCGACCCACCAUACAACGCAUCAGGGGCCGCCGACUCAUCACUUGAUGCAUCGCCAACAGGGGGGGCCGGGGGUGGUAACGCAUCGGUGGCCAGCAGGUGUGCCGAUCGGGGCGAUAAUUGUGUGGGGGCGGGGAAUGGGGCGAGGGAGUGAGGGGACGACAGCCCCAAUGCGGAGGGGGAGCCUGUGGACACACACGGGAAACAAAUGGACCCGCUGUCUGUCGCGCAGGCGGUCUGUCUGCCCAUUCUCUGCUCACUCACUUGCGGAUGGUGACUCCACAAGUAGAGAGGCCGAGUGCACGGCAGACGUACCCUGCCCAGCCCACGCAAAACAGACAGAUAAGCAGCAACACAACGAACGCAGAUCCACACACGGUGGGUCGGUCGUCUUGUCUUUUGGCUGGCUGGCUGACUGACUGACUGACCGUAUCUGCGAGUGCAUCAGGGACGGCCGUUGGCACACCCAAAAGAAGAGAAGGCAUAACUACACCCAGCAAAUCCACCCAUGGCAUCAACGAGCUUGACCGCGGCCCCCUGUCGUCCAUCUGUGUUCCGUCCAUUGACUCGGCAAGCCUCAAACGAUGGCCUCGUCUGUGUCCAUGUGGCGGCUGCGCCCGUGGUGCUUCUGUGAAGCAUCUUGAGCUGCGGGCUGCUGGUGCAAUGAAGGCGGUGGCUAUGAGCGGGUGGGAGAGGACCAGAUAGCUGAGGACAAAGACCGGCAGAGCCAUCGCUCUUCUGCCAGAAGAGUGAUAACUCAUCGUCAGCACCGGAUAAGCGGGGCUACGGUAGAUCUGCCAAAGCUGUGUGCGCCUGUCCUCUCGACAGCACCAAGCACGUCACCGACAUGGCCUGCCAAUCCUCAUCCUCAUAUCUGCCCGUCUUCGACACAAUUCGAUGAUUCUUUCG